AUGCCAUACUGCGCAUGGGUGAUGGGAAAGUGGGGCGUGACAGUUCACACUCCGAAAGAAGUGCUUUGGGACAUUGCUCGCGCAGACCCGCUCUUCGCGAAGUUGGCAAAGAUUGAUCCGAAAGAGGCCUACAAGAAGAAGGUGCCUAAGUCGGUCGGCUACCGCCACCUUCAGUUCAUGGACGAGCGGAAGACAGAGGACGAGGCCAGUGCCGAGGAAUGCCAAGAGGUGCUCGAGCUGGGGGAUAAGGUCGACUCUUCAAAGAAGAUCUUUGGCCGAGAAUAUCACGGCCAAAAAGUCGACACCUACUUGAAUGGACCGGAGCUGGUCGACAACAUCAAUGCUCAACUCGCAGGUCGCCUCUUCGUGGAUCCUCAGUUCCCGGCGAACAGCAGCACCAUCGGCACGCGCGCCGUGCGCGAGAUUCCUGGAUGGGGCCGCCCACCAGCCGGGCACUCGCUGGUCAAGGAUGGCUUCGAAAUGGAUGACAUCAAGCAAGGAGGACUUGGCGACUGCUGGUUUAUCAGUAUCUGCGCCGUCGUGGCAGAAUGGCCUGAGAUUUUGCGAAAGAUGUUCUACCCAGUAGAAAGCCCGUCUCCCUCCGGAGUCUACGCAGUUCGCGUCUACGAUGGAUCGCAAUGGGUGCUGGUGGAUACAUUGCUCCUGGGCUUUACCUUUGCAAUAUUCUCAUGUUGA